CAUCUCUGGAGUUUAAGAAAGUCAUGGAAGUCACCAGAGUUUAUCACUGAAGAAUGUGAUGGCUGAAAACAAUUCAAAAAUGCUAAAGAUUCAACAGUGUGUAGUAGCCAACAAACUACCUAGAAACAGGCCAUAUGUGUGCAAUAUUUGCUUCAAGCACUUUGAAACACCAUCAAAAUUAGCUAGACAUUACCUUAUUCAUACUGGUCAAAAGCCAUUUGAAUGUGAAGUGUGUCAUAAAACUUUUAGGCAACUAGUUCAUCUGGAGAGACAUCAGUUAACUCAUAAUCUGCCUUUUAAAUGUAGUAUUUGUCAACGCCACUUUAAAAAUCUGAAAACAUUUGUGAAGCACCAACAGCUUCACAAUGAAACCUACCAGAAUGAAGUUAAACAGGUCAGAAGAUUGAUGGAGGCCAAGCAAGAAAAGCCAGUUUAUGGAGUAUAUCGAACUUUUACCACAGAGGAGAGAUGGCCAUUACAUCCAUGCUCUAAGCCUGAUCCCACAUACAACCCUACAAAGAGAAGAAAGAAUAUUCAUGCAUGUACAAUCUGUGGCAAGAUGUUUCCAUCACAAUCAAAACUCGAUAGACAUGCACUUAUUCAUACUGGUCAGAGACCUUUUAAAUGUGUCCUGUGCAGUAAAUCUUUCCGACAGUCAACUCAUUUAAAAAUUCACCAACUCACACAUUCGGAAGAAAGGCCUUUUCAGUGUUGUUUUUGUCAAAAAGGAUUUAAGAUUCAAAGCAAACUUCUGAAGCAUAAACAAAUCCAUACUAGGAAGAAGACUUUCCAGACUGUUUCUUUAAAGGUAAAGAGUCCAGAAUCAUGCCCCCUGCCUAAUAAAUUAAAUGCAAAGCAGGAUGGUUUUGAAAAUGUUGAGAUGGGUGAAUCUGAGGAGAAUAAUCCACUUGACGUCCACGCUAUUUAUAUAGUCCCUUUUCAAUGUCCAGAGUGUGAAGAGUGUUUUGAAUCAGAGCAGAUUCUCAAUGGACAUAAGUGUUUGCCUGCCAGAGUUGGCAAAAUUCCAGGCAGGCUCAAAAGAAGCUACAACUAUAAAACUGUUGUUAAAAAAAUCUUGGCCAAGCUUAGACGUGCUGGAGGUAAGAAAUUAGAUAACUUUCAAUCUGAGAAAAGAGCAUUUAAAACCAGUUUCUUAAAAAAUUGCAACCUUAUUUCUGGUGAGGAGAGCGCUGAACAAACUCAGAGAUCAUUUAAGGGUUCUCUUGGCAAACAUGGAACAUAUAAGACAUUUGGCAAUAAAAAGAAAAAAACGCUGACUUUGCCGUUUUCUUGGCAAAAGCAAUUCCAGAGUCAAAAUGUGGGGAAAAAUUUGAAAGGUGUCCUUACAACAGACAGCAUGUUAACUCUGGAUAAUUCAGUGUGUAAUAAAGACAUUUCUAUCUAUGGUUCAUCAGGUAAAGAAUUCUUUGAUAAUUGUGAAAUGCUUCAGUAUGGUUUUUCAGUUCCAGGUGAAAACAUACAUACUGGACAUAAAAUGUGUCCUUGUGACAGAUGUGAGAAAGUAUUUCCUUCUAUAUCCAAACUACAAAGACACUAUUUAAUUCAUACUGGACAGAGGCCUUUUGGCUGUAAUGUUUGUGGGAAAUCUUUUAGGCAGUCAGCUCACUUAAAAAGACAUAAAUUAACUCAUAUUGAAAAGAUUCCUUAUAGACGAUCUCUUUGCCAAGUAGAAUUUGAACAUUUGAACAAACUUUUGAAUCUUCCAGGUGAUAAUGUUAACUCUAAUGCUUCCCAAAAAUUUCAGGCUCUUGGUUUUCAAAAAUAUGAUGUCUCAGAGUCAGAUCAAAUAUCAGAAAUAAAAGUGAAGGCAGAAUCAGAGGAUUUCAUUCUUGGUACUCACUGCAGGAACAGACAGCCCUCUCUCUCCAAUGCACAUCUGGAAUCAGAGCAGACUGCUAAUGGUUGUCGCUGCAGCCAUUCGGGGCGGACCGAGAGGAAUGAUGGCCUCCUGUACCAAUGCAGUGUUUGUUCUAAAAGUUUCAGAUCUCCAUCUAAAUUGGAAAGACACUAUCUAAUUCAUGCGGGGCAGAAGCCAUUUGAAUGCUCAGUUUGUGGCAAAACAUUCAGACAGGCUCCUCACUGGAAAAGACAUCAACUCACUCACUUUAAAGAACGACCACAAGAGGAAAUGGUUGUCUUAAAUUCAGUUAUGUAA